AUGCAGGCUGACGAGACGGCGUUGCCCUCCGAGUGCCUGCAGUCCUACCAGGCCUGCAUCGCCCUGCGGGGCCGGCAAGAAUGGUGGCUCAGCGACCCUGGCCAGUCCAAGUCGGAGUUCACGGCCGCCGAGAAGCUCAAGCACCUCGACGCUGCUCACACUGACUUGAGCCACCUGCGCGGCCGCGACGGCAUCGUCGGCGUCCUCAAGGAGGAGCUCGGAGACAGAGUCUGGCCUCACCUCGUGCACGACGCUACAUUCUUCGUCCUGCGUUGCGAGGAAUGUCGUGCACGGAGCACGCGGGGCACCGCCGACUCGCAGCCGAGGCACUUGCCAAGGCCGAACUCCUCCGGAGAGGUGGUCGGCUGGGACCUGAAGAAGAUUACCCCGCUCAAAGGUCACCCCUGGGUGAUGCUGCUGGCGGUCGACUUCGCCAGCAACAAGGCGUUCGCGUGGGAUCUGGACCAGGACAAGAUCAGCCUCCAGCACGUGCAGUCCAUCAUGCUCCGCUUCGCGCAGAGCCAGGAUGCCAUGCACGAGGCGUUCGGCGUCAAGGCGAGGCACAUCCCCCCAGGCCACCCACAGUCCAACGGACUGGUCGAAGUGCACAACCGUAUCCUGGAUUUCAUGCAUGGUGGCCAGCGGGACCGCUUGGUGUCUGCAGUGAUUGCCUUCAACAAUUGCCCGGGCACGCACAACCAGCCCACGCCGGAGACGAUCUGGCGCGUCCUCCGCCCUACAACCAGCAGGUGGCAGCACGCGGGCACUAAGGCGCUCGUCCACGGCAAGCAGCCCAUGACGGAUGCGGAGUGGGAGACCUUCCUGGAGCAACACCAGAAGAUCAUGGGCGAGGGCGCGGCCGGGGACGCGAAGUUCCAGCACGCUGGCGGCGAGCGUCGGGAAUACCUGGUGCGAAAGGUCAAUGGCGGCUUGGUGGAAGUGGAAGAAAUCGGCACAGGCGUCGUCUCGACCAAGCACGAAGCGCAGCUGAAACUCAUGCCGAAAGCCGUGCAGCCCGACAAGCAGAGCGAGCGCGGGAAGUGGAACGACUCGAGCCAGCCGUGCGUGCUGGGCUCCUGCGCAACGGUGUGGCUUGGGGCAGACGGGGAGAAGUGGCGGAUCUUCGCAGUCGAGCCCGACGGCGCCUGCUUCUACCAGUCGGCUAGCGUCAGAGAGAUGAAGAUCGACGGUGGGCCUCGGCAACAUUCGAAGCCUCAGGUUAUCGAGUACGCCAAGAAGUGGUACCACGAGUCGCCGCCCAAGCGGAAGAGGCUCUUGCGCGCGCAGAUCAUGAGGGAGAUGGAGGAGGACCCCACGUGGAUGGAGUCCCACGCUGUGCAGGACUCAUCCGACUUCGACAUGGACGCGUAUUUCGAGUACCAGAAGAAGCCCUACACCUUCGCGACUUUCUUCAACGUGGCGGCAUUCGCGAGGCUCACGGGCGUGCCCACGAUCGUGUACCGCAGGACGGAGGAUAUCAAAAACCUCCUCACCAAGUCGUGGGAGGAAGACGGCGAGGCCAGCGAUGGGGACGGCGGUGAGGUUGGGGCGCCCCCGCUACGCGUACUGCUGUCGCCCAACCACUACGACCUGCUGUUCCAGGACCCGAAGGACGCCCAGGCAGACGACGCCGCCGACGACCACUCGGCCACCGACGCCCGCCCCACCAAGAGGCGCCGCAUGAUCGCCAAGACGUCUGGCGUCAAGAAGCGCCCGGCGAGCCGCACUGCCUAG